GGGGACAGGGGGGAGGGGACAGGGGCGGGGACAGGGAGGGUGCUGGGGGUGGCCCCGUUCGCUUCCGCGUCCAGAGCCGGAGCUGGUGGCGCGAUGGUGGUCACGCUGGGGUACUGGGACGUCCGUGGGCUGGCCAAUCCCAUCCGCCUGCUGCUGGAGUACACGGGGACCCCCUACGAGGAGCGGAAGUACCGGCCGGGACCAGCCCCUGACUUUGACCGGACCGAGUGGACCAACGAGAAGGAGAAACUGGGCCUCGAUUUCCCCAACCUGCCCUAUCUCAUCGAUGGGAACACCAAGCUGACGCAGAGCAACGCCAUCCUGCGCUACAUCGCCCGCAAGCACAAGAUGUGCGGUGAGACCGAGGAGGAGUGGCAGCAGGUGGACCUGCUGGAGAACCAGAUCACGGAUUUACGGAUGUCCUUCAUACUGCUCUGCUACAGCCCCGACUUCGAGAAGCUGAAGCCGGGCUACCUGGAGCAGCUGCCGGCGAAGCUGCAGAAGCUGUCGCAGUACCUGGGCUCCCGGCAAUGGUUUGUCAGGGACAAGAUCACCUUUGUGGAUUUUCUGGCGUACGAUGUGCUGGACCAGCAGCGCAUGUUUGCCCCCGACUGUCCUGAGCUGCAGGGGAACCUGGGCCAGUUCCUGCAGCGCUUCGAGGCGCUGGAGAAGGUCUCCGCCUACAUGCGCUCGGGGCGCUUCAUCAGAACCCCCAUUUACUGGCCCACGGCGCGUUGGGGCAACACCAAGGAGUAAAUGGGGGUGCCCCCCCGUUUCGCCCCCAGCCUCUCGCCUGCAGAAUAAACCUGGGGGCUGCCCCUUGUCUGGC